AUGUAUAAUUUAAAAUAUUUAUGUAUUAAUUAUUUAUAAUACCUUUAAAUCAAUAAGUAUCACCAAGUAGUGGACGUAUAUAAAAGAUCUCUGAAUUUAUCAACCCUUUAAAUUGGAUUAGAAAAUGAAAGAUUUCAAAAACUAGAAUAAGCUGAAUAAAGAUUUCAAUAAGCAGAAGAUGCUUUUAAUGAAUUUUAAGAAUAAAUAUUCACUAAACUUAAUGGAUUUAGAGAUUAAGAAAUUAAUCAUUAUAGUUAGGAAAAUUAUAAAAAUAAGUAGAGGAAGAUAAAUUAGUUAAAGAAUAGGCUAAAGAAGCUAAGAAUAGGGAAGUCUUGGCUUUAGAGAAGAAGUUUUAAAAUGUUAUUGAAAAUGAAAGUCAUGUAAGAAAAGAAGGAAAAUCAAUAGUGACUACUUGAAGAUAAAACUGCCUUAUUAUGAACUGAAGUAUAAAAGGAGACUACUGCCAGAGUAGAUUCUAUAGAAGGAAUUCAUUAAGGGUUAUAAAAUGAUCUACAAAAAAUCUAAGAAGCAACUAGAUUAAAAGCUAAUGAAAGAGAUGAAUCUGAUUAAAAUGUAUACUCUUUAUAUAUCUUUAGAUUAUGAAAUCAAUUACUGACGAACUUGUUAAACUCAGUAAUCUCAUUAAUGUAGAAAAGAGAAAUAGAGAUGAAAGUGAAUAAUCAAUAUUUGAAAUGCUUAAAGAUAUUGUUAAUAGAGUAAAGUAGAAUUAGAUUAAGAAAAAAGACUAGGUAUAAUUAUAAUAAAUAAAGAAAAUUAGAGAGUAAUCAGAAGAACAUCUAUUAAGUUUAUUAAGUAUGGCUGCAAAUCUAUGA